UAUGAAUCAGUUUUUAUAUGUAGUUAAUCAUAAACAAAAUAUCUGUCAGAACAUGAAAUCUAUUAUUUAUAAUCGUUAAAUAAAAAAAUUUAUUUUAUUAUCUAUCACUGAUAACUAAAAUGUAUAUUUAUUAGCAGUAUUUAAUAAUCAUUAUUAUUUAUUUACGAUAUAAUAACUUAGUUUGUGAUUAUACUAAAAUAUAUAAAUUCAAUUGAAAUAUAACAUGAUGUUUUGUUGCUUAAGAAAUUGUUUUAACGGCCUUGGUUUCGCUAGCGCUAAAGCUCCACAAAAGGAAAUUAAUCCAAUAACAUUAGACACAUUGCACAUGGGUCAUGAAGUUGUUGUUGUAAUGAAUGGUUUACGAGUUUGUGGGCAAGGAUGUGCUCUUACAAACGUUCCAUUAGUACAAAGUAAAAGUUAUUUUGAAGUUAAAAUAAGACAAGAUGGUAUGUGGGCUGUAGGUUUAGCAACAAGAUCCACUAAUUUAAAUACAUCUAUCGGUGGUAAUGAUGCUGAAAGUUGGGCAUUUAAUUCUGAUGGUAUUAUUAGACAUAAUCAACAAGAAAUUCAUAAAAUUUCAAAUCUUCCUCAAGAAGGAGAUAUUAUUGGAGUGUCAUUUGAUCAUAUAGAACUUAAUUUUUAUAUCAAUGGAAAAAAUAUAAAUGCACCAGUGAUGGGAAUUAAAAGUACAAUAUAUCCUGCCCUUUAUGUUGACGAUGGAGCUAUUUUAGAUUUAAUUCUUCAAGAUUUUGUUCAUCCACCAGCACCAGGUUUCGAAAAAAUAAUGGUUGAGCAAUCACUACUUUAAUUUUAUUAAUAUUUAUAUUUAUAUUUACUAAUGAUUUAAUGAUUAAUACAAUUUAUAGUUUAAAGAGUGUAUUAAAUAUUAUCAGAACUUGUGUAUAAAGGAAAUGAAUACUUAAUUUAUUUAUUUAAUUGUAAUU